GCCCUCCCGCUUCAGGAGUGCGUACAGCGGAGUACUCCGCCGCCUCUGACUUGGUAGUACCUCUAUGUGGCGAUCAGGUAGUGCCAAAACGUUUUGCUUCCUCCUGCUGACCAUUUUUUAUUCACGAUUCCUGUGCUGAAUGAGGGAACCGUGCGACCGGCGAGAUGAAGACGCUAUUCAUUCUCGAGCUGUUCCUGAAGACCAUGCACCUCAUCCAAGACGUCACUCUCUCGCACGAUCAUCUGCCACCAGUCAACUCCACCGUUGCGCAGCCUGGGGAGGAGAAAUGCGAGAGCGAAGGGGAAAGGGCGCUGGAGAAGUUCCGCUUCAACCUGGAGAGGAAGGACUGGGCUCUGGGAAGGGAUUAUGGCGAGGAAGGAAUCACCGUCAAGUCCACAUAUGAUCAGGAGACGAUGACAUAUCUCAUCUUCACUGAGGCUCUGCUGGAUUUCGAGUCAGACUGGGUGAUCCGAGACCUGCGAGAGCACGUGUUGGUAGCGACUGCCGACUGGAACCCCGACGUCAAGGAAUUCAAGAUCGUCCAGCGGCUGACGGAGCUUUGCUGGAUUGUGUAUCAAGAGAUGGAGUCGAAACUCCUGGGACUCUUUGCCAGUCGAGACAUGGUCAUUCUCUCCCACGGCCGGCAGGAGCAAGACGCGUAUUUCGUUUCCCUAAGCAGCACGGAGUGGCCGGGGCUAGAGCCAAGAGAGACGAGAGUGAGGGCAGAGAUGCAUCCCGGCAGCGGCAUGUCCUUGCUGCCCGACCCGGAACGGAAGACGACUCGGACCCUCAUGCGCUGGGUCAUGACGACGGACUUGAAGACCCCGCUCGUGCCGAGGAAUAUCAUGCUCAAGUUCAGCGUCGAAGCGUGCCGGCAGUACGUCCUCGGUCUGAGGAAGUACCUGUCGUCCAGGAGUCGAGGUCCCGAGGGUCCUCACCCGCGAAAACCAACAUAUUUUCGUUCUGAAGCUCUCUUCUUGCGUUGAUGGGUCACAAAAGAAGUGGAAUUGGAAUUUUCCCCCUUUUUUUCUUUUCGAACUAAGAUG